GCCUUGCACAAAAGAUCUGGAAACAAACCUGUGCAGAGGGAUGGGCAGUGCUGGCCAAGGCCUGACUAUUCUGCCCCACAGCCGAGUCAACCUUCAGGAUCCUGUACUAUACUCUGGCCUGGAGAAGCUACCUGUUGUUGCCCAAGACCCUGACAGCCAGAGCUGGAAGUCCCUCGACAGGCCGAGCCCUCCUGGCACACCUGAGCAAAACCUACCCGCUUUCUGCCUCCAGUACUUUGACAUGCUAUACCCAAACGAAAGCAACUGGGUCCCAAAGGGUCUGGGAGAAAGUCAACAACCCAACAGCCAAGGGGGCAGGACAGAAGUACCCAAAGAACCUGAGCAGUGUCCUAUCAUUGACAGUCAAGGUCUGAGCCUUACACCUGAUAUGGACUACCAGGCCAGCCUUCACCUGGAGGAGCACUCUCUGGAGCAGGUGCAGACUAUGGUAGUGGGGGAAGUACUCAAGGAUAUUGAAACAGCUUGCAAACUUCUCAAUAUUUCUGCAGACCCAACAGACUGGAGUCCAGGAAAUGUCCAGAAGUGGAUCUUAUGGACAGAACACCAGUACCGGUUGCCCCAGAUUGGGAAAUCAUUUCAUGAUCUUUCUGGAAAGGACCUAUGUGCCAUGUCUGAGGAACAGUUUCAUCAGCUUUCACCAGCAUGUGGUGAUGUCUUGCAUGCACAUCUAGACAUUUGGAAGUCAGCUGCUUGGAUGAAAGAGAAGACUGCCCCUGGAGAGAUGCAUUAUUGUGGGAGUGAAGAAAACUGGACAGACAGUGAAGUGGACUCGUCCUGCUCAGGCCAGCCUAUUCACCUCUGGCAAUUUCUGAAAGAGCUUCUACUGAAGCCUCAUAACUAUGGACGCUUCAUUCGUUGGCUUAAUAAAGAGAAAGGUAUAUUUAAGAUUGAAGAUUCUGCCCAGGUGGCUCGUCUGUGGGGAAUCCGGAAGAACAGGCCUGCCAUGAACUAUGACAAGUUAAGCCGUUCCAUCCGGCAAUAUUAUAAGAAAGGAAUAAUCAGGAAACCAGAUAUCUCUCAGCGGCUUGUCUACCAGUUUGUUCACCCUGUUUGAAGAGUAGAGCAGAUGUAGCAAAUCCUGAAACACUAACUACUUUGUGGGCUAGAGGAUAUCAGGAAGCAUAGCAUCCCUUACACAUUUUACUGUGUUAACUUAAAAAUAGACGAAGCCAAAGGAUGGACAACAGAAUGGGCACCCAAUGGAUUUACUUGCUGAACUUCAAAGAUUCCUCUGUGCUUUGGCUAUGGAGAACAGGAAUACAUACACACUUACUUGUGGUUUUUUGUUUUGUUUUGUUUGUUUGUCAAAUAGCAAAAAGAAAGUUACUGCUAUAAAAAAAGCAUACACAUAUAUAUAAUUUUGGGGGGGCAUGCUUUUGUGUGUAGUAUAUUUUCAUAUGUACACAAAUGUAUCUGUCUGUCUCCAGCUGCAUUCUAUGGGUAGCCAAAGAAGGUGGAAAUUGGAGCAGGACAGGGGAGAGGGAAAUGGUGAUGGGUACAAGAAACAUAAGAAGUCUAACCAGUAGAGAUUUAUUGUUUUCCAUUUAAUUUUUUGCCGGACAAGUAAAGUGACCUUUUUUAAAAAAAAAGCUUUACUAGAUGUAAACUAUAGGAAGGCUCAUGGGAAGCAAAAAAGUCUCAAAUGAAUCACACAUUGCAAUACAUGUGCAUGGGACUUCAAGGACUUGGUAGCGAAAUCCGCAGCAUGUUGUGUUUUUCCACAUGACAGUCUUCUAAUCUGUCUGAAUGGUCCAGCCCCCUUUGCUUUCCACUAAACAAGCAGAAAAAUUCACCCAAAAAUGCACUAAAAAGCUUUGGCAAACUUGUCAUGUUGGGGAAAAGGGCUUUGUUAAUUCUCCCAAAUGACUUUUUUAAUGUUGUUACAUAUUUGUUGUUUGGGAUUUUAGACUGAAUAUAAAGUAGGAGUGAUUUUUUUUCGUUUCUGUGUAGUGGUUUCCAGGGAGUAUCUGUCUUACUCUUUUGCAGCAAAAGAGGACAACUGGAAGGCUUUGAGCCCUUGAAGAUUAACCUGGCAUAAUCUUUUGGGAACCCUAGCCCAUUUCUUCAAGUGGAUCUGAAGAAGUGAGCUAUACUUCAUGAAACAUUUUGUCAAAGAAAACGUGUUAGUCCUUAAGGAAUCACAACAUUCCUUUUUGUUUCAGUAUAACAAUAAAAGUGAUCACUUUGGAUCUGACUAGCAGUACGAUGGGGAUCUGUUCUGAUUAGCAAAGAGCAUGAUUCCCUCAAGGGAGCAGCCCAGCAAAGCCAUCUAGACCUGGCACUGGUAAAUCAACCACUUCUUUAUACCUGCAAUGAAUGAAAGUCCUGACUCUUUUCAUGUAUUGUUGGUAGAAGAACAGAGUCACCUAUUCAGUGUGUGAAGGAGCCUUGCAGGAGUAAAAAAAAGACAAUGAAGUCAUGUAAAGGAGCUUCUUGCCAGAGCUCACACUGACCCAAGGCUAGAACACAGUGGCACCUGUGUACCUGCCAAGGCCAACUGGCAGAGCAUUUGGGUUUUUUUGAGAAAGCAGAGCUGUUAUUACCCC